CCAGAAUGAAGAUCUUGUUGCUAUCGGUUCCAGUGGUGUCCGGCGAUGAUCUGAGUGUGCUGCAUCUCGCCCCUCCAAGACCAGCAAAGGUGGCGCCUUCACCUGCAUUCGCUCCCCUGCAGCGGCUGCCGCGGCGCAAGACGCCCUUCAGAGGUGCCCGAGUCCUGCCUCCAUCCUCCCGGCAUCCCCUGACAAUGCAGCGAGAGGUCAUCGAUGGAAGCCACCUGUGGGACUUCGACUGCGAGCCAACAGCAGCAACGACGAAGAGGCGGCGGGGAGGUCCACGCAGAUCUGGCGGUGUUGGUAGUGCAGGGCAACGGGACUACAACAGGAUGGUGGAUGUGGUCAGCGCACUAGAAGUGGCUGAGGAGGGGAUUGCGGAGGAAGGAGAUGAUCAUGAUGAUGCCACUGCCGAGGAGGAGGAGGAGGGCGAGUCUGACUUUGAGGAUUAUGUGGGCGAUCCGACGACGACAGCUGAGCUGGGACGGAUGCUGGACGAGCUCGACACUCAGACAUACCUGCAGACAGAUGAAGGUGGGGCCUGGCGUGUUUGUGCGAAGAUGCACAUUGGCAGUGGUUCAUGUGCUGGCUGCUAUGUUCAGACAUGGACGAAGCGACGCAGAUCUACUUCAGAAAGCUGCUUGAGUCGGAGGGGCGGCGGCUCGAUGAGGAGGCGGCCGAUGAGGAAGAUGAGAUGAGUGACACCCCUGUCAACAUGGCGAGGGAGCAGUACAAGCUCUGGUCGCACCUCAACUUCAUGCUGGGCGACAACAGGGAAGUCGGUAAGCUAAGCAGCCCAGCCACAGACACACGCGAAGGAAGACACAUCGGGCGGGCAAGGCAUCUCAUCUGUGGGCCAUGUCAUGUCAUGUAGGUUGGAAGUCAUCGAUAGAGGAUACAAUCAGGCAGGAGGUUGAGGGUGCUGGGUUCGGCCUACACAACAUAGCCUGGGGCGGCAAGGGCGUCAUGGUCGAAGUACAAGACGGAGAAUUCCUGGUCAGUGCCAGGGGGGAUGCAAACAACCACACCGCACCACCUCUUCAUUGCACCUGUUGUCCUCUCUGUGUGUGUGCAGGAGGUGACCGACCAGUCGCUGGAGACCUGCCAUCGGCGGACCUACACGGCCCUCCAGCUGCUGGACGACAAGAGCAGCUUCGGGUUCCUCGACAAAAUGGACCUCACCUUCGCCAGUGUGGGCGUGUCGGACGUCAUCGACACCGACAAGGCAUUCAACGCUCUCAGGUGACCAGCAGGGCUGCCACACACACAUACACCGAUGAAUAGACAGACAGCGGACAACAUCCGGAGUACCCCAUGUGUUUGUUGCGUUGCGUGUAGGGGUUUCGUUGUGGACGUCAAGCUCUUUGAAGAGCACAAGGGCAAGCUCAUCCACACGGUGAGGCGGCUCGCACAUCGAUCUCCCUGACGGUCGCUUGACUUGCCCUCUGUUCUCUUCACUCGUGCCCUGCAGGGUCGGCUUCAAGAGAAGACCGAUGACCAUGUGGUUCUGAACCUCAAGGGCAGGCCCUUCAAGAUCCCGAUCGAGCUGGUUGACGAGGUGCGGCUGUCCCAGAAGGAUGAAGACCCCGCCAUGCAGCCAGGCCCCAAGAGAACCAAGAAGAAAUCGCGGAAGUGAUUGAUACAUACGUGGCGCGGUGCGUGUCUGAGUGGUCUGUUCGAGCGAACGAAGAGCAGCU